AGCAACUGAAACUUUUAAACGGUCAUUUAAUGCUCAUUUGAAGCCGAGUUUUGGAGAGAAAUUUGCUAAAGUUAGGUAACUUAAUAAUAAAUAAAUAAAUAUAUCAUCAUGGUGACUCCACAAAGUAAUGUAGAAGACGUCCUGAAGGUAGAGGGGAGCGCAGUGGAGCAUAAGGACAGCAUUCAGAAGUCUCUUCAAAAUAUUGCUACAGACGAUACAACAGAGAGGAUUCUGCGGUCCAGGAUAGAUGAGCAGUCAAGUUUGAUCUGCAUACUGAAACAGAGAGCAGAUGAGAUGCUUCUGCGAUGUCAAGCCCUGCAAAAAAUCAAUAAGGAGCUUGAGGACCAAGUAACAGAUUGCCAGAAUGAAUUGAACACUGAAAGGAGGAAAUCAGACAUGUUAGAGAAAAGAUUUAUGGAUUUAGCAGCCAACAAUCAAGCAAUUAUUGUUUUCAUGGAGGAGUACAAAAAUCAGAAUGCUCAGUUCGUACUUGAAAACAAGCGGCUGCGGGCGGAGAAUGAGUCCCUGUUCUCCAAAAAGUUACAGGAUAAAGAAGUGAUGGUUUGUAAACUCAAGCAAGAAAUCAAACUAUUGACAGAAACACACACACACAAAGAAAAUGAAUAUCGGGAAAAAUUAGCUGAGAGCGAGUCAGUGCUCCUGGAACAAGCAACUCAACACAAAGUCAAUGAAACGUCACUACAUGAUCAGUUGCAUGAUGCUCAUCAACAACACAGAGAAGUUUUGGAGAGAUGUGAAGACCUGAAGUUGAAACUACAAGAGACUAAAGAGCAGCUUGCGUUGAAGGAAACCAGCAUGAGAGAAAGCUCAACAAGUUUUACCAAAGAGAAAGACAAAUUAUUGUGCAUUGCUAUGGAGAGAGGCAAAGUGAUACAGGAGAAAAAUGCUGAAAUCCAGCAGCUGAAGAUAAAAUGGAAAGAAGAAAAGCAAGCACGGGUCAAAGCACAAGACAGGUUUGAACUGGAAUCAGAAGCAGUUAAUGCAGAUCUCAAAGUGAAGUCUCUCCAGUCUGCUCUUAACGAAUCCAUGGCAAAGUUUGAGAAGCUAAACAUGGAUUUAGAAGCCUUCAAAGAACACAGCACCAACCUCCUCAAACAAGAAAGGGAGUUAAAUAAGAAACUUCGCCAUAUGACAGGUUAAAGUCAUCAUGUAAGUGCUGCGUUUGCUGUUAAUAUAAAGAUUUCCCCCCC